AUGGAGGCGAUCAACGUUGUAGUAAUAGGGGCCAAUGGCGUGGGCAAAUCUAAUUUCAUCCAGCGGGCGAUGGCCCUUUCGCGGGCACCAGGAGCCCAACCCACGAUGGCCCGCAUUAACAUCGAUAAUAUGCCGUACGCCGUAACGUUGUUCGAGUUGGAUCUCGAAUAUUUCGACGUGGACCCAGACCGGAGGAUACAGUGGCCCAGGCAGAUUGGGGGUGCUAUAAUGCCCCCGGCCCAUGGUGUACUGCUUCUGUUUGACGUUAUGAACAGAGAUAGUAUCAUUGAGCUUCCACAGACGUUAUCUGCCUUGGUACACUCAUCACUACCCACCGUCCUUGUCGCUACAAAAUGCGACAACCCAGAAAGCGCGCGACAAAUCCAGACGGACAGUGUUGCUGAGGCCUGCAAGUCUUGCAUUGACAGCUUCAAAACUUCGGUGAACAAGCCAGAAACUGCGAGACUGGCUUUGUCGACGCUGUUGAAGGCGCUAGUAGCUGGUCGUCAAGAUGACGCAGCUGUGGGGCCUGGAACAAGACGUAGAGCAGCUUCUGAAGCGCACCUCGACGCGCCAGCUGAUUCCGCAAUUCGACGGCCUUUGAGCCAAGAAAGCAGACACAGCCGUGCCAGUUCCGACAUGUCGUUACUGCGAGGAAUGAGCAACCAGUCAGGUCAGGGACGCCACGAUGGUACGGGAGAUGAGUCGUCUCAGACCGUAUCGAGCAUGCUUCGAACCUCUGGGAUCCGGCUUGACCGGCAGAAUUCCAUGUCUUCAUCAUUCAUAGAGAUCGAGGAGUCCGAUGCGGACUCCUUCAGAUACUCUGAUGAUAUUCCGAUUCUGCAGAGGAACGACGACACGCUAUUUGAGCGACCGGCGAAGAAAGCCGGCAUAACCUUUGAUGAACUCGUGGACCGUUUAAUUGCCCCCAAACUGUCAAGAGCGGACAGUAACUUCUCCGAGAUUUUCUUGUGUCUCUACCGCAAGUUUGCUGCGCCUGGUGAGCUCUUCGCGGCGAUCCUAUCCCGAUUGGAUGGCGUCAAGGAAGACAAGUCCCUUCACUACCUGACCAAGACUUCGACGCAGCUGCGAAUAAUCGAAGCAAUAGCCAAGUGGGUGGCAUCAUACCCCGGUGACUUUGCGCGACCUGCAACUAGGAGGAACUUGGAUGAUUUCAUAAAACAUCUGUCAACCGAGCCCAUUUUCGCUGCGGCGGCGAGGCAGAUGCGGCGCAAUUUAGAGCAAUGUGUCUUCGAAGACGACGAUACCGGUUGGGCAAAGGCUGAUGACAUGGACGAUGACUUGGCCGAGGGCGGCUCGAGCUCGGUCAAGGACACGGCAAAAGCCAGUCAUGAACUUACUGAGAGCAUGAGCUCCCUCGGUACAGAUGAAAACACUGACCGACGUCCCUCUGCAAGCUCGUCACUGCACACAGAAUUGAGUCUGGCUUCCAAAGUUCACCAAUUUCAGUUUCACUCCUAUGAAGACUAUGAAAGGGAAGCGGCAACAAUGAUCCCAUCGUACACCAUGCCCCUCACCAAGUUUCGCUAUCAUAUCUUCAUGGAUACAGCUGAUGACGACAUCGCCGACGAGAUGACCAGAAUUGACUGGGUCAUGUUCUCUUCGAUCCGAAUUCGCGAUCUUGUUCGACAUGUCAGUCUCAACGCUGAGCAAAAGGAUAAAUGUAAGAGCAUGAAGAACGUGAACCGCAUGAUCACCCACUUCAACCACAUUGCUAAGUGGGUCUCCAACAUGAUCUUGAUGAGAGACAAGGCCAAGCAUCGGGCGCAGAUGCUCGAAAAAUUCAUGAACAUUGCACUGAAGCUGCGGCAACUCAACAACUACAACAGUCUCGCGGCUGUUCUUGCUGGUAUCAACGGUUCGGCCAUUCACCGUCUGGCGCAGACACGAUGUCUUGUGCCAGCCGACGUGCAAAAACGAUUUGCCAGGCUUGUUCUUCUGAUGGGGACACAGAAGAGCCAUUUCGCCUACCGUCUAGCAUGGGAAAACUCGCCGCUGCCUCGCAUUCCCUUCAUCCCGUUGCACAGAAGAGAUCUUGUGUCGGCAGAAGAGGGUAGUAUGACGUUUGUCGGGCCUCAAGGCGAGCGAAUCAACUGGAAAAAGUUCGAGGUUCUUGGCGAGGUUAUCCUGCCCAUCAUGAAGAGCCAGAGCACACCUUACCCCAACCUGACGAAGCAUGACGUGGCGCGGGAGCUCAUUCUGGACUGCUUAAUGCCGACAGAUGACGAGGACAUAUACCAGCGCAGUCUUGCGGUUGAGACGUCUACCGGCGGAGGGUCUGACGUCGGAAAGAAGAAGUUCCCUUGGUUUGCAAAGUAG